ACUAGUCUGGAAAGUAAUGCGCAUCGCAUCCGUCUGAAGCCGUACGAGUUUUCGGUCAUCGGCCCAGUUCCAUUCGAGGUAAUUUUUCACCUUUAAUACACAUUCUCGCUCUUCUUCGAAUAGUGGAGAAGUACGAGAAUCAUGAAUCUCUGGGUCUUAAUCUACCUAUUGCUGUCGAUCGUACAUAGAGGAAAGGCAGACUGCGCCAAAAUUCCAGACGGGAUAAGCAGUCCCAGUUCUGUGCAGGAUCCAGUUCGUUUCGAGAUAGAAAUAUCUGGAAAUCCCGAUACCUACGUCGCUGGGGAGCAAUAUACAGUGUACAUACGGAGUAAGACUUCGAAACAAGAGGAUGGAAUUAAAUUCAUCAGGUUUGUGUUAUACCUCGAAAACUCAACUACUCCUAAUGGUGAUACGAAUUCCAACGUUGGAGUGUUGCAGUUAUACGGUGAUUCUCUGACAAGGAUGUCCGAAGAGUGCCCCAACAUGGUGGUUGAAACAGGCGCUCAGCCGAAGUCUGAAAUACAGGUUCUAUGGGUUGCACCUAGCACAAAAACAGGAUGCAUCUUCUUCAAGGCCAUUGUAGUGGAGACCCCUCAAUUGUGGUACAACGAACACGGACCUCUAUCAAAGAAGCUAUGCGGGGAGGUAGAGGACGAGGGUGAUUCCCAGCCUAGCAUUCUCCGCCAUUGUUGUGCCUGCGACGAAGCAAAAUACGAGGUCACAUUCGAAGGACUGUGGUCGAGGAACACUCAUCCUAAAGACUUCCCUCCAAACGGAUGACUAACACGGUUCAGUGACAUUAUAGGAGCCUCACAUACCGUUAAUUAUACCUUUUGGAGGUACGGGGACGUCGCCAGCGAGGGGCUGAGGCAGCUGGCGGAAAAUGGAAAUACGAGGAUGUUGGAGAGUGAACUCAAGGCGAAGAGCGACCAGAUCAGGACCAUCAUCAAGGCGAGAGGUAUAAGCUACCCCAAUAUAACCGGCAAAACAUUCGCAGUAUUCAGAGUAGACAAUCGACAUCAUCUCAUGUCCAUCGUUUCGAUGAUAGAUCCAUCACCUGAUUGGAUCGUUGGAAUCUCCAGUAUGGAGCUGUGUCAGCGAAAUUGCUCUUGGAUCGAAUUCAGAACGGUAAAUCUGUAUCCUUGGGACGUUGGAACCGACGACGGAAUUACAUACAUCUCCCCUAAUCAACCAUCUGUGCCAAGACAACGUAUCAAGAGAAUAAGACAGAACAGUCAGAAUGAUCCCAGAUCGCCGUUCUAUGAUACUGUGGGAAAUCGAAUGAAGCCUUUUGCAAGGCUCUAUUUGAAUAGACAACGGCUUUACGAGAAGGCCUGCGAUACCACUUUUGUUGAUGAGUCAGAAGACGAGUCCAAUAAUUGCGAGACAGAGCCUUGGUCAGACUGGUCCCCCUGCUCAGCCACAUGCGGAAGAGGAGUUAAGUAUAAGCAGCGGCGCUACAAACACGAGGAGAGCAAGUACACUUGUCACAAAAAACUAACAGAAAGAGCUGCGUGCGAGGCUGUACGGAAAUAUUGCCCACACAAACACACUUACAAAGAAGAUAAUCCACUUUGUGAGUUGGGUCCUUGGGGAGAAUGGUCCAGCUGCAGCGUCACUUGCGGCAAGGGUGUUAAAACGCGAUCAAGAAGGUACAAAAGUAGAUACGCUACCAAAAUUUGUAUGUCUGGAAAGACAAAGCUUCCGACACUAGAGCAAAACAUGGAGUGCUAUGGAGAAGGAAAGUGCGAUGAAGACGACCUUGAUUCAAUGGAUUUUAAAUGUCCAAAUGAGGUUUGGAGUGACUGGUCCCCAUGUUCGGUCACAUGUGGUAGAGGUUUCAAAGCAAGAUAUAGGCUCUCUAUGGAUAAUAACCGUAGGGAUCCUCUGAGGUGGCCCAUUCAAUUGAGUUCGACAAACUUGUGGAGCCAAAGAGAGGAGAUCUACGAUGAUGAUCCUUGUAAUAAUUUACCAAAUAAGGAAACUGUUGAAUGCUAUGAGGCUCCUUGUCCAGAAGGUUCAGAUUUAAUUGAUAACCCAGCCAUAUGCAGCCUCCCGAAGGAUGUUGGCUAUUGCAAGAGCAAAAUUGACCGUUGGUAUUUCGAUACUACUAAAGGAAAUUGCGAGAUCUUCAGCUAUAGUGGCUGUGAGGGUAACAUGAACAAUUUCAAGACAUUGGAGAGGUGCCAAAGUUUGUGUCUUACUGGAUUUCAGAAAGACCUACAGUCAAACAAAAGUAGACCAAUGUAUGUUUUGGGAACGAAGAAUAAAACAUAUCCAGUCAAUAUACAAAGCGAUGGAAUGAAAGAAUAUCACAUAGGGCCCGGAAUUUCCAUCGUAGAAAACAAUACGAGAAUGAUAGUUCACUGCACAGCAUCUGAUUGGACCAAAUGGAGUCCUUGUUACAUCUCCGACUCUUCUUGUGGACACGGAUUCAGAUAUAAGCUUAGACAUAUCGAGAUACUUCCAAAUAAUGGUGGGAAAUCUUGUCCCACGCGUUUGAUCAGGAGACGAGACUGCCAAAUUCCCUGCACAGAUUAUGACGAAAAACAUUCCAACAAAAACGUACUGAAAUACGACAAUAAAGCGUGCAUUAUGACAGAUUGGAGUCCUUGGACACACUGCCCAAAAAACUGUCAACCAGGAUUUUUCCAGAUGAGAUACAAGUAUGUCCUGGUGGAACCGAACGAUGAAAGUUCUUGCGAUAAUUUGGUUGAGAGAAGGCUCUGCGAAUGCGGGUUCAAAUGACUGAAAAUUUGUUAUUUUUAGGAUAAUUGAUGUUUAGGUGCUUAUUACGGUAUAAAUUCGUGAUGACAUGUGCAAUAAAAUAUUUUGAUACACAAAAAUGGAUUAUUGGUAG